GCUAAUGUAGAACCACUUGAACAACCUUGACGUUUGAACAUCUGUUUCUCUGCCUUUACUUAUAUUAACAAACACAGUUUUCUUAAAUUGAUUAAUAUAACUUGUUAAAAUGCCUAUUUACGAAAGUGAAUCUCUGAUAAAACUCCAUAUUGUCCUAGAAAUAGGCACAGCUUACACCAGGUUGGGAUUCAGUGGAGAAUUUGCACCAAGAUUCAUAAUAAAAUCCGAAAUACGAUGCAAAACCACCAACAAAAUGAGGAAGCUUUCCGAUUACAAGGACCAGAAUGAUCUGUAUGAUAUGCUCGUCGAAUUUAUCCAGUUAAUUUACUUCAAAUAUGCAUUAAUAUCACCUAAAGAUAAACCAAUUGUAUUGGUGGAGUCAAUUUUAUGUCCUACAUUAUUCAGAUCAACAUUAGCUAAGGUUUUAUUCAGUCAUUAUGAAGUAUCUGCAAUUUGGUAUCUACCCUCACAUCUUGUGAGUUUAGCACCAUUGGAAGUGGACACUGCAUUGGUUCUUGAUGUUGGAUAUUCUGAGGCUGUAGCUGUGCCAAUUUGUCAUGGUUAUCCAGUGCUGCAUGCAUGGGAAGCCCUGCCAAUUGGUUCUCAGCAUGUUCAGAAGAAAAUAAUGGAGUUGCUGUCCAGUGACAAUUUGGGUGUGCAAAACUUGAAUGAAGAUGUUUUAGAAGAUAUUAAAGAUAGAUGCUGUUUCGUGACCAAAAUCGACCGCGCAGAAAACUUUUCAUCUGCAAAACCUACAAUUACACCGUGUCCGGAAGUUACCUACCCAUUAGGAGGCAACAAAAUGUUGAAAGUCAGCGGUAAACUUCGUGAAACUGCAUUUGAAGUGCUCUACAAUGAAGAUGUCGAUGGCCGUUGCCUCACCACGAUGAUUCUAGACGCCCUGUUGAAAGUGAAUGUUGAUUUGCGGCUCAAACUUGCCGGCAAUAUUUUACUUACUGGGGGGACUAUCAUGACGCCUGGAUUCAAGGCGCGUUUGAAGGCAGAGCUCCACAAACAACUUGAACUUCCCAAGUACAAACAUCUAAAAACUGAGAAUUUUGUUUUCAAGUUCCACAAUCCACCUUGCAAGGACAAUUAUACAGCUUGGUUGGGUGGUGCAAUUUACAGCUGUACAGAGUUGUUUGCUUCGAAAGCUUUGACCAGAGAUCAGUAUUUGAAAGAAGAGAGAGUUCCAGAUUGGUCCAACAUGAGAGAUAAUGUCAGAAGUACAGCUUAGAGACCAAUUGGUAUGGUAAAUUGCCUUUUCUAAUUUAUUUUAUACUUUUAAUUAAAAAAGUCGGCAAUAUUUUAUUUCUAUCUUCAAUUUUGUGCAAAAUAAAUAAUAUUUGCUUCAA